AUGGGCAAAAAGGAUAAACUAACUUCUGGUAAACUCCAGAAGGAAAGAAACAUGUACUUAAGCAAUUUUCCGAAUUAUAAUAAUAAUGAUAAACAUGAUGGAAAUAUAUAUAAUUAUAUAAAAAAAAAUGUACCUAGUAGUAUGUUAAAUUGUAAACUUAAUAAAAAUUGCAUAAAAAAUAAUAAAGAUAAUAUUCUUAACUUAUAUAGUGAUAUACACGCAAAUGAUAAAAAUAAAAUUUUCAAUUUCCCAACAACAAAGUUUGAUUAUUUGUUUAUUGAUAUGCCUAAGGAUGGCAAUGAUGACAAUAGGAAUGGAUCGAUAAGUCAAAACAUUGAAUCUCGAAUCAGUAAUUAUUCAUCAGUCAAUAAAAGUAAAUACCUUGAAAGUGAUAAUGCACCCAUUUAUUUAAACACAUUAAAUAACGGUGCAUUAAAAGAUAAAAUAAAUGAUAAUAAUAGCAAGCAAAUGAUUAAUGAGGAAUUAGAAAAUGGAAAUAAAUAUGAUUUGUUUUAUGAUGAUAUUAAAGGAGGUAAAUAUGAUACAUUAUGUAGUCAUGAAAAAAAAAAUGAACAAAAUUCUGAAACCGAUUGGGAUCCUUAUUUAAAUGAUGGAAGUAACAUAGUAACAUCUAGCGACAUAAUUAGUAGUAUUGAAAGUAAUGUAGACACCUUAACUAAUAGUAUAGGUCUAAAUAUCGAUUUACUUAAUUAUGAUAAUGAAGAAAAUAAUAUCACAGAAAUACAUACUAACUCAAAAGAUACAAAAAAAGGAAAUAUGACUAUGUCAUAUGAUUCUGAAAAUUUGUGUGUAAAUAAUAUUGUAAAGGAAUAUGAAUCAAUUUCAUCUAUAAAUAAUAUUGGAAAUUGUUUUAAUAUAUAUGCUGAUGAAAAUGAAAACACCUUCAAAGAACAUAAUAAUAACAAUAAUAACAAUAAUAAUAAUAAUAAUAAUAAUAAUAAUAAUAAUAAUAAUAAUAGUAAUAGUAGUAAUAAUAAUAAUAAUAACAAUAAUAGCAAUAAUAACAAUAAUAAUAAUAAAAUAUUAUACAAUCUUGCUGGUUUUAAACUUACAGGAACAUCAAUUAUGUUAACUGACAAAAAUGAAAAAUAUAUAUAUAAGAUAAUUCCUUUUUUUAAAAAUGGAGAAUCGAAAUUUUAUAUGAAUGCAGUUCGUUCAUAUAACAAAGUGUAUGGAACUUUUCGAAAUGAAAAAACACAAUUUUAUAGUGAUAUAAAUUAUGCUUUUUAUGCUAAUUUAUUAGAAAAAAGUAAUGCAAAAAUGGGCAAAAAUAUAUUUAGGGGCAUUCAAGAUACUAAUGAAAUCCCAAAUAACAAUUUUGAAAAAAAUAUAAAUACCAUAAAUUUUUAUGAUAAAUCAAAAAAAAUCAGAAUAAAACAUGACAACACUGUUAACACUAAAUGUAUAAGUGAUAGUAUUGAGAAAAGCCAUUCAUUUUUGCGAAAAUUUAGUAUCCCUUAUGCUAAUGGUGAAAAAUGCAAGCAAGAUUUUCAUGACUAUUUCACUACGAAAAAUGAACCUCUCGAAAGGUUGAAUGAUAUAAAGCAGGUAGAAAUCGAAAAUGAUGAAACAAAAAAUAACAAUAUAUUGGCAUUUUUAAUUAAAGAAAAGAUAAUACCCAAAUCUUAUGAUAUAGUUCCUGUUUAUCAAUGUAGAGAAAAUAAAGUUGAUUCUGAAAUAAAUAAUAAAGAGACUAACGGAUAUUUUUGUAAUAAUCAUGAAAUUGAAAUGGAUAUAAACCAGGGUUCCAUUUCAAAUGAAUAUAGAGGUGGAAUACAAAAUGAGUUAUCGAAAAAUAUUGAUGAAGGAAUUAAUUGUGAAAAAAUAGAGACGAAUAUAAUAAGUAAGAAUUGCAAUUUUGAAAAUAAUAUAUCUAAAUCUAAUAAUAUAAAAUUAACAAAUGAAAUAUGUUAUGAAAAGGAACAAUCCAAUUCACCAAUUUUAAGUAAUACUUCUGAAAAAUGGAAAAUUUUUAUGUGUAAUGAAAAUAAAAUAUUAGAUAAUAGUGAAAUGGGACGAAUACAUCUUGCAUUGAAACUAAAAAGAAUAUGUAGUAAAAUAAAAUAUGGCGAUCAACAUUUAUUGGAUUUAAAGUUAGGAUAUAACAGCAUAAAAGAUAAUGAUAUAUUUUUUAAUAAAGAACUAUUAAAAGAAAGUGAAUCGAUAGAUUGGAAUGACAGAGAAAAUUAUAUUAAAAAAUGGUCCAAAAUAAAAAAAAAUAUAAGAAAGAUAUAUAAAAAUAAUAGUGAUAAAUAUAUAAUACAAAUUACACCAAAAGAUUUAAAUUUACCUGAACAAUUUUAUAAAUAUAAUAAUAAUGAAAUAUAUUGCUUAUUGAAAUCAUGGAAGCAAGAAAUGAGUUCGUUAAAGACAACGCAAAAAACCUUGGGUUUUCGUAUAUGUGCAUUUAUUUAUUAUAUUAAAUAUUCUAACCUUUUAACAACUGACGAAAUCAACAAUUUAUAUAAUAAGAUUUUAAACAAUUAUACUGACAAUAAUAAUGAUGACAGCAGUGCAUUCCAAAACACAUGUAGUACCAUUAUUCAGAAUGGGCAAUUAGAAAAAUGUAAUGAAAAAAAAAUUGAGAUAAAUGAGUGUUAUGACAAAUUAAAUAAUGUUUUAAAAAUAAGUAGAGAAUCCGGAAUGAGAUUAAAUGACGAAUUUGUUUUAUAUUUUCUCGAAAUUUUUUUAAAAAAUAUUGCUAACAUUAUAUUACCAAAAUUGGUUAAAUUAAAAAUAUGGCUAGAAAAUCAAUCUUUAUAUACAUUUUGUUCGACAUCCAUAUUAAUUAUUUACGAUAAAAACAACCCUUUAUCUUGUGACAUGAGAUGGAUUGAUUUUACAUAUUCUUUUGAGAUUUUUAAUUAUUUUAAAAAUAAUAACCCAAUAAAUAAAAAAUUUAACUUAGAUAUUAUUUUCGGUAUAAAUAACUUAAUAAAAAUAUGCAAAAAUAUAAUUGUUAAUAAAAAUAUUCCAAUUCCCAUUUCUUCAAAUAAUCAGAAAGAAAAAAAAUGUGUGUAUAGGUCUGCAUGUUAG